AUGAACAGCUCCAUGUCCAAUGCUACUAAUGAGACAAGCUCGUUACUUUCAACUACUCACAGCGAGAGCCGGUCAAUCAAGACUAAAAAGGGACUUUCGUUUGUCAUCGGCAACACCCACAACGACGAUAACCAUAUUCUACCGAUCAAUGCCAUGCAAUACUCACAAGCACAGAAUCGACUAUACACGGGAGGCCGAGAUGGCUGCGUCAAGAUAUGGGAAGACCCCUCGCACUCUUUGCAAACGUUUGCAGACUCAUCUUCAAGCAACAAUGGCCACUCGAGAAAGAAUGACGAGUUUUCAGAUUGUGAAGAUGUCGAUGAAAAACUCGUUCGACUCGAAACCUCGAUUUCUUCUAAACCGUUACCAUACCACAAGAAAGAAAAUUACGACCCCACGGGAUUCCGAAUAGCCGAUAGCCACAGUCUCCAUUUCGACUGGAUCAAUGACAUUACCCUUAUAAAUAACGAUAGCCAAUUGGUUUCAUGUUCAUCCGACUUAUCGAUAAAAAUUAUAGACUUAUGUAACAAUGCAUUCACCCAAAACUUACCCAAUGUCCACACCGAUUAUAUAAAGAAGCUUGCAUACUCGCCUCGAUCCCAUGCUCGACUAGUUAGUGGAGGACUCGAUGGAAAUAUCGUAUGUUGGGACCUAAACUACCUUCGCCCCUUGCACAUUAUCGAAAACCACACCACUGUCAAUCUCCCAUUUUCGAUUUACUCGUUAGCCAGCAACGACCAAAACAUCAUCAGCACGGGAGGCCCAAGCAAAACGAUCAACUUGUACGACACUAGAUCCUCGACGCCAUUCAUUCGGCAACUCAUUGGGCACCAGGAUAACAUCAGGUGCCUCCUCAUGAAUGAACAUUUUAUCUUGAGUGGCUCCUCAGACACCACGAUUAAGCUUUGGGACCUCCGUACGUUCAAAGUGUACAAGAACUUUGAAAUUCACGAUUAUCCCGUCUGGUCGCUCGCUUCACCCACCAGCUCCAACACCAACUUGCGAGAAUUCUACUCGGGAGACAACCGCGGUAAUAUCAUCAAGACAGACUUGAGUUGCCUUUACCUGAACAAUGACACGGACAAAUUCUACAGAGACACUUUCAGUGCCAGUGAAAUCUCUUGCCUUGAUGAGAAGUUGGGAGUAUCAAUGGUGAUUGCCAGCAACGAGUCGCCGAUACUUUCCAUCUGUGCCGAAACACAAAACAACACCGUGUUUGCGAGCGACUACAAAUCAUUGAACAGGUACGUGACUCCCGAUACCUCGACCCUCGCCCAAUACCAGUACCUCAAAAACUGCGUCGAUCUUGCCUCGAGCCGAGAAGCCCAGUUUAAAGACGACAGCCUUUUGGACGAACUUCACCAACCUGCCCAAGCCGAUGACAUGAACUCGCAUUUUUGCGACUUGGUCAGUCAAUUGACGUUGGAUACAACACCAAACAAUUUUGACUUGCAUAGCACAUUCUCACACUCAAAUAACCAAAACAACAAUAUUGGUAUUGGUAUUGGUAUUGGUAUUGGCAAUAACUUUGCCGGAACUCCACCGACUUUUGACAGUGACCAUGUUGUUGUUGAUGACGAUGGCAAUGAUGAAAUGGAACGUGCUGAUAACUCAAGCGAAAACGCCGAGGAAUUACUGUCGAUGUUUUUGAGUAUUGGAGGUGGUCCCUCAGGCGAGUUUAUAAAUGCGCUUAAACCAGAACCUUAUGCCAACCUAUUAGCCGAUAAAAUGGCGACGAAAAAGGCUAGCGAUCCGCUGUUGCAACAAGUGAAUGAAUCGUGUUUGGAUUUGACUCCCGUGGAAAUCUUGUUGAACCCAUUGCCAGCAGACCAAGUGAUUAUUAGCCCAUUCAACACCAGACCAAGCGCCAAAUACGACAUUUCGCCAAAAAGCGUUGUUUCCAAGCGGCUAUUUGACAAUAAACGACAAAUCAUGGUGCUUUACCUCAACGGCGACAUCAAAAUAUGGGACUUGUUAACGUGUAUGGAGUUGCGUCAUUUUCCAAGUAGACAAGAACGGUUACUUUCAACUCCUGAGCUCGAAGAUAGGGUCAAGGAGAUGGAUGUAUUGUUUCAAAACUAUCAGAAAUCGGACACGUUGAACAAUUGGUGCGAAGUCGAGAUCAAAGCGGGCAAGCUCAUGGUCACCAUCAGAGAGACUUCAGCCAUGAAUGUGGAGAUCUAUUACGACGACUUGGUUUCCGAGUACCCGUUCUUGGCUAUUGACUCGCCAUCGACUAGAGAAAGGCUUGGAAAUUACAAGAUUCAAGUAACCAACGAUGAUCGGUUCCAUGUUGGUCUCAUCAUGUUGAAUUCUAUAUUUUAUGGUUAUACUUUGUAUGAGUGGGUGUUUGACGGAUUAAUGAGGGAAGAGAUACGCAAUGGCGGAUCGUCCAAUGGGAAAACUCCGCCUCAGUCUCAGCCUCAGCAACCGCCAACACCACCACCACAACAACAACUACAGCAACUACAGCAACUACAACAACAACAACAACAACAACAAGCUGAAAGCAUCCAGGAGUCCUUAGGAAGCGUGAGCAGCAUGAGACGGCUAAAGACGUGGGGAAGGAAAUCGCUGAAACGUGUGCCCAGCAGCAGAACCCCUUCAGUGCAAUCCUCACCGGUCAACUCGACCAACGCCAGUGUGCUUGACUUGUCAAUUGGCGAAGUGUCACCAUUGGCAGAGAUUUUAAACACUCCCGAACAAAUGUGGGCGAAGCAGAUUCCCGAUUAUGGCGAUUCCGUGAUGAGCUUGUUGCAAACCAACAAAAAGAUUUAUCAAGAUCGACACAAUGCCAAUUACAAGCAGCUAGACUCUGUGUUCAAGGUCGACCACGUGACGCCCAAAUUGAACGACAAGCUCGACAAGGACGAGUUGAAGUACCAUCCCGUGAUCCCCUUUGCCCAAUUCCCCAAGGACAUGAGCAUCAUAAUAUAUGAGCACUCGCCUGAAUUGGGCAACUACCGCGACGUGAGCUGUUUCAAGUUGGAAGACGUGGCCAACCUUGUUGAAUGUCCCAACCCGCAAUUAGUCAAUGAACUCAGAAGCAUUUUACCUCGCUGGAUAGGCCAGCCUACGCUUUACGGCAGAUACAACAUCAAGGAGUCGCCCAAGAUCACUUUCCAACUCCAAGAAGUUGACUAUGCAAAUCUACCUGCGCACGUCAAGAUUGGCGGUAAAUCGCAACGCAAGAUUAAGCAACUACCAGCAUUGGAAAGCAGCAUUAAACUCACUUCGCACAAUAUGCUCCGCGUUUCCAAAAUCCUCUAUUUUCUAAAUGACAAAUUCGAUAGCAGCACGCGGGAAAUGAGAGACAAGAAAUUAAAGCCGACAGACUGGUUGGUGCUUGAAUGCCGCGGCCGACCAUUGAGCAACAACAUGACCUUGCAAACCAUCAAGACCAAGAUCUGGAAAAGCAGCACUGAUAUAGAAUUGCAUUUUCGUAGGAAAUUUGAUGUAUAG